GGGGACGGGGAGGGGACGCGGAGGGCCCGGCGGGGGUCACGGCGCGCGCAGGACGCGAGGCCGGGCGGGCGCGGAGCCGCGGGGCCGACAUGACGGGGCUGGAGGAGCCGGAGUUCGACUUCGAGUUCCUAUUCGAGUUCGACCAGAGCGCCGAGCGCGCCGCAGCCGCAGAACACUACGGCUACGCAUCCUCCACCGUCGGCUCCGGCUUGCCUCUGCCCGCGGCCCAUGCCUCGGUGCCGGCCCCGUGCCAUGACCUGCAGACCCCCACCCCAGGCGUCUCCGCCGUCCCCUCCGGGACUCACCCCUCGGGGUACGGAGGAGCCGUGGACAGUGGGCCCCCGGGCUACUUUCUGUCUUCCAGCACCGUCAGGCCCAACGGUGCCCCGGCCCUCGAGAGCCCGCGGAUUGAGAUCACCUCGUACCUGGGCCUGCACCACAACAACAGCCAGUUUUUCCACGACGUGGAGGUGGAAGACGUCAUCCCCAGCUCCAAACGGCCCCCUUCCACGGCCACGCUGAACCUGCCCAACCUGGAGGCCUACCGAGACCCCUCGUGCCUGAGCCCGGCCAGCAGCCUGUCCUCGCGGAGCUGCAACUCGGAGGCCUCCUCCUACGAGUCCAACUACUCGUUCCCAUACGCGUCCCCUCAGACGUCGCCAUGGCAGUCUCCCUGCGUGUCCCCCAAGACCACGGACCCCGAGGAAGGCUUUCCCCGGGGCCUGGGGGCCUGCAACCUGGGCUCCCCCCGGCACUCGCCCUGCACCUCGCCCCGUGCCAGUGUCACCGAGGAGAGCUGGCUGGGGGCGCGUGGCUCCAGGCCCGCCUCGCCCUGCAACAAGCGCAAGUACAGCCUCAACGGCCGCCAGCCCUCCUGCUCGCCCCACCACUCGCCCACGCCGUCCCCGCACGGCUCCCCGCGGGUCAGCGUGACAGACGACAGCUGGCUCGGGAACACCACCCAGUACACCAGUUCGGCCAUCGUGGCGGCCAUCAACGCGCUGACGACGGACAGCAGCCUGGACCUGGCCGAGGGCAUCCCCGUCAAAGCCCGCAAGACCGCCCUGGAGCACUCCCCCUCGUUGGCGCUCAAGGUGGAGCCGGCUGGGGAGGACCUGGGGAGCACCCCACCCGCGUCCGACUUCCCGCCCGACGAGUUCCCCUUCCAGCACCUCCGGAAGGGCGCCUUCUGCGACCAGUACCUGUCUGUGCCGCAGCACCCCUACCAGUGGGCCAGGCCCAAGUCCCUGUCGCCCACACCCUACAUGAGGUGAGUGCCCACGCCCUACCCGAGGGAGCAGUGGCCGAGGAUGGGCCCCGGGGGUCUGUGAGUGAGACCUGUGGCCGAGGGGCCACCCGCUCGCCUCCUCUUGGAGGUCACGUUUGCAGGCGAGGGCUGCCUGCGCACAGCCAGCCCUCGUGUGCCUCCUGGUGCAGAUGGGGCCUCGGCUCCACAAGUCCCCAGAGCUGCCGCUGGGCCCACAGCGCUCGGAGAGCAACACGGCCUCCGUCCCUGGAGACGGCGCCUGCUCGCUGGCCGUCUGCUGCAGGCGCAGGUCUCGGGUUGUUGGUUUCUCUUGUUAAUGGGGCGAGGGCUGCUCGUGCUCCUUGGGGCCUCCUUGCCCUGCCCAGUGUUUUUAUUUUUAACUAAACGGCUUCCCCAACAGGUGGGCCUCGAUGACACUGGCAGCGCCUUCUGCUUCAGGGUUUUAUUGGAGGCAAAGACGUCCGCAGGCUCUGACCUCGUCCCCAGGAGCCCUUGAGACAGGCACCCGGCUCUGCACGCAGCCGGCCACGUUCCAGGCGGGGUGGGAGACCAGGCCGGGACGGCUGAAGCAGGCACGUGGCAAGGCUGCUGCACACGGGCGCCAUCUCCGCUCCUGGGGGAUUUGCGGCUGGAGCUGCCUGUGGCUCCGUGGGUUCCAGACAGGAAUGCGCCCAGCUGAGUCCUCUCUGGGGAGGGGACGGUGCCACUCCCAUCCUGCAGCAGGCUCACUCCACCCGCCGGCUGGCCUGCCGUCGAGGGUUGGAGUCAGUUCAGAUCAUGGGGUAGGCUCCUCCUGCCCUCCCCGGUUUCCUCUCAGUGCUGUGAGGUUUACUUGUUUAUUUGUUUUCAGUGUAUUUGAAAGGCAGAGUGACAGAGGGGGAGAAUUUUCCAUCUGCUGGUUCACUUCCAAAAUGCCUACAACAGCCCAGGCUGAAGCUGGGAGCCCGCGACUCCCUCCUGGUCUCCCAUGCAGAUGCAGGGACCCAAGCGCUUGGGCCGUCUUCCACUGCUUUCUGAGGUACAUUAGCAGGGAGCUGGAUCGGAAGUGGAGCAGCUGGGACUCAAAUCCACACUCCAGUAUGAUACGCCAGCGUUGCAGGCAACACCGCUGUGCCAUGGUCUUGCCUCCAUACCGUGAGGUUUAAAAGGCUGGUGUGCUUAGCGUUGGCAUCACAGGAAGUGUACCUUGGAAACUGUGUUUCAUGCAUAAAUGUGGGAAUUUUUUUUUUCGACAGGCAGAGUGGACAGUGAGAGAGAGAGAGAGAGAGAGAGAAAGGUCUUCCUUUUGCCGUUGGUUCACCCUCCAAUGGCCCGCCGCGACCGGCAUGCUGUGGCCAGUGCACCGCGCUGAUCCGAUGGCAGGAGCCAGGUACUUCUCCUGGUCUCCCAUGGGGUGCAGGGCCCAAGCACUUGGGCCAUCCUCCACUGCACUCCCUGGCCACAGCAGAGAGCUGGCCUGGAAGAGGGGUAACCGGGACCGAAUCCGGCGCCCCGACUGGGACUAGAACCCGGUGUGCCGGCGCCGCAGGCGGAGGAUUAGCCUAGUGAGCCGUGGCGCCGGCCUUAAGUGUGGGAAUUUAAAAAUCACAUUUGAAGGCAUUUAAAAGUGAAAAACUCCUCGUGUCUGUGGCGUGGCUGCUGUGUAGGAGCCACCACACCGGCCAGCACCAGUGCUCCCCAGCAGUCACACACCUGGCACCUGUGCCCUCGCACCUUCGUCACGUAGAGCCCAGCUGUCGGUGUGCGUGGCAGUGACUGCACCCUGAGGAGCCUCGGAGAGCUGGUGAGGAUUCAGGUCACCCUGGUUACUGUCCCCCGGCUUCUGUUGCAAAGCGUCAGAGACAAGUGGCUUCCCCAGGACUCUCUGGAGGCCUGAGGCGUGGGAGGGAGAGAGGGAGGGUUGCGCAGCCUGUCCUUUGUGGGGCAAAUUGUGCAGUGUCCAGAUGGCCCUCAUCCAGAGGACUGGGACCCACUCUUGUGACCCCAUCUUAAUGGCAUGUAAUUGAGCCCUCCCCGACAGUGUGGGAUAGGGACAGAGUACCCCCACAGCCCAGCCCAUCCCAGCAGUAGUGGGGGAAUGAGCUGGGGGCGGUGUGUGUUGUGUAGCAGGUAAACCCGCUGCCUACAAUGCCAGCAUCCCAUGGGCUCUGCUUAGUGUCCUGUCCAGCUCCUUGCUGAUGGCCUGGGAAAGCAGUGGAAGGUGGCCCAUGUGCUUAGGCCCUGUCGCCCUCGUCGGAGACCUGGUUGAGGCUCCUGGCUCAGCCUGGCCCAGAUCCGGCCAUUGCAGCCACCUGGGGGGUUAAGCCAGCAGUUGGAAGAUCUCUCUCUCUCUCUGUCUCUCUCUCUCUCUCUAACGGUCUUUCAAAUAAAUAAAUCUUAAAAACACAAAGAAAAGAAUGAGCUGGUCCCUGGCUUUCGCUGUGUGCUCAGCGGCGGGCGGGGCGUCCUCGGGAGCCCCCAUGUAGGACUGCCCUCGUCGCUGGGUGGCUGGCAGGCCUGGGCUGCUGGUUUUUUCCUUGGCUUUGGGGUAUUGGCAGCAGUCGUAGGCCAGGGGUCUGUUCUCUUUAUCUCACGGCCACAGGGCUCCUCGUCAGAUGUGAGCCCGUGGGGUUCCUGUGUGUUAAUGCACACACACACGUGAAGGGGCGCAGGGUCACCUUUUCCCACUGUUUUGAUUCCACAUCAAAAGGUGUUUCCUGGCGGCUGGCGAUGUGUUUCCAGGUGACCUCAGGCCCGGGGCCCCGGGUCGCUCUGCCGGCGAGAUGGAGUGACCACACUUCCUUCCCUGGCCGUGCUCAGCGGGUGAGCAGCAGGCCUCGCGGCCAGGCGCUGGUUGACGUCAGCAGGAUCUUGGACAGCGCGAUGAACUGCUGUAUUUCCAAUUAUCUCCAAAGUUUGGACUGGACGGUUUGUCCCAGCUCGCCCGUCUUCCCCUUUCCUGGGCGCAGUGCCGCUACCCUGUCGCUCGUGUCCUGGUGCCGAAAGGCGCUCUGUAGUGAAGGCGUGCCGUGCAGCGUCCGUGGCGCCCUGUCCACGCCUGGCGUGUUGGCAGGCCCACGGGGGCUCAGGGGACGACACGGCGCUCUUGCCGCGGUUGGGGAGGUGAUGGUUUGUGAACUGGGUGAGCACCUGCCAGGACUUCAAUUUUGGUUACUUCUGUCCCUCAGGCUUGGGUUCCUGACCUGCUGGAUUCCGCUCCAAAUACCAGACUUUUUGGUUCCCUCUUCUAGUACCAACCUGUGGCUGUGCACUCUCUCUCUAAGAUUUAUUUUAUUUGAAAGGCAGAAUUACAUAGAGAAAUAGAAAAAAAAAACUUCAUCUGCUGGUUCAUUCUCCAAAUGGCUGCAACAGCCAGGGCUGGACCAGGCCAAAGCCAGGAGCCGGAGCUUCUUCCAGGUCUCCCAUGUUGGGGCAAGAGCCCAGGCCCUGGGCCAUCUCCACUGCUCUCCCAGGUGCCUUAGCAGGGAGCUGGAUGGGAAGUGGAGCAGCCGGGACUUGAACAAGCAGCCACAGGGGAGGCCAGCACUGCAGGUGGCAGCUUAACCUGCCGGGCCACAGCAGUAGCCCCCGUGUGGCCACUUUAUAGUGACUCACUUCUUCCUGCAAACAGCUCUCGAUGUGGUCAGGGCUGUGUGUGCCGCGCGAGCCCUGUGUCCAUGGGAAGUGUGUCUGAGCGCCCCUUGGGCCAGCUUGAUGGGAGUCUUGCCCACAUGACAGCUUAUAUGUUGUGUGAAUGCCAGGCACCAGCUUCAGGGAGCGCCCCCCACUCCAGCCAGCCAGAGUUCACCCGGAUCCUGUGAAUGACGGAGCACACCGGUGUCCUGAGGUUCUGUGAGGGACGGAGCACACCGGUGUCCUGAGGUCCUGUGAGGACGGAGCACACCAGUGUCCUCAGGUCCUGUGAGGGACGGAGCACACCGGUGUCCUCAGGUCCUGUGAGGAAGGAGCACACCAGUGUCCUCAGGUCCUGUGAGGAUGGAGCACACCAGUGUCCUCAGGUCCUGUGAGGACGGAGCACACCAGUGUCCUCAGGUCCUGUGAGGACGGAGCACACCAGUGUCCUCAGGUCCUGUGAGGACGGAGCACACCAGUGUCCUCAGGUCCUGUGAGGACAGAGCACACCAGUGUCCACCAGGCCUGUAAGGGACAGAGCACACCAGUGUCCUCAGGUCCUGUGAGGGACAGAGCACACCAGUGUCCUCAGGUCCUGUGAGGACGGAGCACACCAGUGUCCUCAGGUCCUGUGAGGGACAGAGCACACCAGUGUCCUCAGGUCCUGUGAGGACGGAGCACACCAGUGUCCUCAGGUCCUGUGAGGACAGAGCACACCAGUGUCCUCAGGUCCUGUGAGGACAGAGCACACCAGUGUCCUCAGGUCCUGUGAGGGACAGAGCACACCAGUGUCCAGCAGGCCUGUGAGGACAGAGCACACCAGUGUCCUCAGGUCCUGUGAGGACGGAGCACACCAGUGUCCUCAGGUCCUGUGAGGACGGAGCACACCAGUGUCCUCAGGUCCUGUGAGGAUGGAGCACACCAGUGUCCUCAGGUCCUGUGAGGACGGAGCACACCAGUGUCCUCAGGUCCUGUGAGGGACAGAGCACACCAGUGUCCACCAGGCCUGUGAGGACAGAGCACACCAGUGUCCUCAGGUCCUGUGAGGACGGAGCACACCAGUGUCCUCAGGUCCUGUGAGGACGGAGCACACCAGUGUCCUCAGGUCCUGUGAGGGACAGAGCACACCAGUGUCCUCAGGUCCUGUGAGGACGGAGCACACCAGUGUCCUCAGGUCCUGUGAGGGACAGAGCACACCAGUGUCCUCAGGUCCUGUGAGGACGGAGCACACCAGUGUCCUCAGGUCCUGUGAGGGACAGAGCACACCAGUGUCCUCAGGUCCUGUGAGGACGGAGCACACCAGUGUCCUCAGGUCCUGUGAGGACAGAGCACACCAGUGUCCACCAGGCCUGUGAGGACGGAGCACACCAGUGUCAUCAGGUCCUGUGAGGGACAGAGCACACCAGUGUCCACCAGGCCUGUGAGGACAGAGCACACCAGUGUCCUCAGGUCCUGUGAGGACGGAGCACACCAGUGUCCAGCAGGCCUGUGAGGGACAGAGCACACCAGUGUCCAGCAGGCCUGUGGGGACAGAGCACACCAGUGUCCUCAGGUCUUGUGAGGGACAGAGCACACCAGUGUCCUCAGGUCCUGUGAGAACGGAGCACACCAGUGUCCUCAGGUCCUGUGAGGACGGAGCACACCAGUGUCCUCAGGUCCUGUGAGGACGGAGCACACCAGUGUCCUCAGGUCCUGUGAGGACGGAGCACACCAGUGUCCUCAGGUCCUGUGAGGGACGGAGCACACCAGUGUCCUCAGGUCCUGUGAGGGACAGAGCACACCAGUGUCCAGCAGGCCUGUGAGGACAGAGCACACCAGUGUCCUCAGGUCCUGUGAGGACGGAGCACACCAGUGUCCUCAGGUCCUGUGAGGACGGAGCACACCAGUGUCCUCAGGUCCUGUGAGGACAGAGCACACCAGUGUCCUCAGGUCCUGUGAGGACGGAGCACACCAGUGUCCUCAGGUCCUGUGAGGACAGAGCACACCAGUGUCAUCAGGUCCUGUGAGGGACAGAGCACACCAGUGUCCUCAGGUCCUGUGAGGACAGAGCACACCAGUGUCCGCCAGGCCUGUGGGGACGGAGCACACCAGUGUCCUCAGGUCCUGUGAGGACGGAGCACACCAGUGUCCUCAGGUCCUGUGAGGACGGAGCACACCAGUGUCCUCAGGUCCUGUGAGGACGGAGCACACCAGUGUCCACCAGGCCUGUGAGGACAGAGCACACCAGUGUCCUCAGGUCCUGUGAGGGACGGAGCACACCAGUGUCCUCAGGUCCUGUGAGGACAGAGCACACCAGUGUCCACCAGGCCUGUGGGGACAGAGUACACCAGUGUCCUCAGGUCCUGUGAGGACGGAGCACACCAGUGUCCUCAGGUCCUGUGAGGACGGAGCACACCAGUGUCCUCAGGUCCUGUGAGGACGGAGCACACCAGUGUCCUCAGGUCCUGUGAGGGACAGAGCACACCAGUGUCCUCAGGUCCUGUGAGGGACAGAGCACACCAGUGUCCUCAG